UAUAAUGUUUUGUACCAAUUUCCCUGUUAGGGUUUCACUGCCGUCUUCCUUUUAAGUUUAUUGCGUCUUCUAGUUCAGGCCGUCGAACCGAAACUCUACAGACCCUUUUGCUACUCACAGGUAGGUGGUAUAAAAAUGACGACAGUUCCAGCGCAACUGGUUUGGGAGAUCGUCAAGAAAACCAACUCAUUUUUGGUGAAGGAGUUUGGUAAUGGUACCGCCGGUGUCGUAUUCAGCAAAGAGCCUAACAAUCUUUACAAUCUUCACUCUUACAAGCAUUCUGGCCUAGCAAACAAGAAGACUGUGACUAUCCAGCCUGGCGGCAAAGAUCAAUCAGUGUUGCUUGCUACUUCAAAGACCAAGAAACAGAACAAGCCUUCAAGUUUGCUGAAUAAAUCUGUAAUGAAGAAGGAGUUUAGGCGCAUGGCCAAGGCAGUGUCAAACCAGGUAGCAGAUAACUAUUACAGGCCAGAUCUGAAGAAGGCAUCCCUUGCAAGAUUGAGUGCUGUGAACAAGAGUCUCAAGGUUGCGAAAUCUGGUGUCAAGAAGAGGAACAGGCAGGCCUAGAUUCCCAUUCUAGAAUAUGUUAGGCUACGCUGUAUGAGCAUUGAGCUGCACUUGAUUUUUUUUCUUCCCUGUGUCCUCGAGUACCCGAAAGUUUGCUAUUUGAGUUCAUAUUUUUCUAGAUUUUUGGGCUAAAAUAUACGUUCUAUUUGAGAUUUUAUAAAGAUAGCAGUUAUUCUGAUUAA